GGAGUUGGAUUGACCAAGAACGGAAUGUCAUCUCCAGCAAGAUAUUUGUGUUUCCUGCUGCCGUGUUUGGGAUUCCUGUAUGUCCUGCACCAGCCACCUCUGCGCCUCCAACAACAAGACCCUCCUCUAUCUCUUCAAUAUGUCUUCGCCUCCCACCACCUACACAAGAGGAGGAGAUGCUGGCUGCCUUCCUUCCCUCACGCACUCAAGUUGCAAGUAGCGAGGUGGAGGUGGCUAUCCUAUCCCACUCCCUUGACGCUUUGACGAGGGUAAUGGAGCGACCCACGGCGUCUUGCAGGAAGCUCAUUAGACAGGGAGGAAACUCGUGGCUUGGGAUUUACGAUGGUGACAAAAUGGUAUGUCUCGACGCGCCAUCAUCUCCAACACUCCCCACUUCCUCCUCUUCUUCCUCCUCCUCCUCUUCUGCUUCUUCUUCUUCUUCUUCUUCUUCCUGCCUCGUGUACUCCUUCGGGUCAGGCGGCGACUUCACUUUCGACGAGGCCAUGUCACAGCUGGGGUGUCACGUGAUGGUCUUCGAGGACUCGCCGCAGCUGGACGGACUUGAAAGACACCCGCUUAAGAGAGUCACCUUUCUACACAUCCUUCUGUCAACUGAUGGAGCCGUACAUUUAGUCAAGAGUUACAAGACCCCCUCUUCCUCUUCCAUCUCCCAUUCCUCCUCUUCUGUAGCUUCUAAUUCCUCCAAUCAGAAGCACCACUUUUUCCUGCACCGUCCUCUAGACAACAUAAUGUACCUGCUGCACCACCACCACCACCAGCUGGACUACCUCAAGAUUGACAUCGAUGGAGGCGAGUUUGAGGCCCUGGAGAGGUCAAUCUUUAAGACAAAUAUUCUGGAGAGGACAAGACAGCUGGGUGUUGAGAUCCACCUGACACGCCUUCUUGAUGCUGAGGUGUUGUCUGACCCACACCUCCUCACCUCAGUCAUUGCCAACUAUACCAGAGUUCUUAAUGGGCUGGAAGAAAGAGGGCUGAAGCUGGUGCACUUUCAGCCCAACGCACGCAGACCAGGGCGAGUGGAGGUGGCGGGGAGGGCAGUGUGGGUGUAUGCAGAGCAGCUUUGGGUCAACACCAGACUGAAGCAAGCUGUGAGGGUGUCCAGCCAGUUGCCAGCAGAGAAAGACUUUGAUGAGCUGGAGAUGGCUUAGGGUGGGCACCUCUUGUUUGUUUCUGUCUCCUCUCUUGUCUUGGUUAGGUCAAGUUAGGAUAUGUGUGUGUGUGUGUGUGUGUGUGUGUGUGUGUGUGUGUGUGUG